AUGACAACGCGUUACUUCGGUGCCCCGAUCAAGCGUCAGGAAGACCCCCGCUUGCUGCGCGGCGAAGCGCUGUUCGUCGACGACGUUCAACUGCCAGGAAUGCUCCACGCCGCCUUCCUGCGGGCAGAUUUUGCUCACGCCAGCCUGGCCGGCGUCGAUCUCGACGGUAUCCGCGACCGGCCCGGCAUCGUCGGUGCCUGGAAUGCCGAGGACCUCGGCGACUAUUGGCAGCCAGGGCCGCUGCUGCUACCCCCACCGCCGAUUGACGGGGCGGUCUUUCACGCGCGCACCCAAGUGCCGUUGGCAAAAGAAAAGAUCCGCUACGCCGGCGAGCCGCUCGCCGUUGUUGUGGCCGAAAGCCGCUACCUGGCCGAGGACGCUAUCGCCGAACUCUACGCCGACUGCGAGCCGCUCGAGCCGGUGGUCGAUAUCGAAAAGGCCCUCGAACCCGGCGCGCCGCGGGUGCACGACGAACUCGAGUCGAACCUGGCCGCCCACGUCGUCCAACGCAAAGGCGAUUACGCCCAGGCUCGAGCCGCCGCCGCACACCUGAUCAGCCGCCGGCUGCACUACGACCGCGGCACCGCCGCGGCGAUGGAAAAUCGCGCCGUAGUGGCCGAUUGGGACGGCCGGGCCGAGAAACUCACCGUCUGGGACACCACCCAAGCGCCGAUCCCGAUCCGCGGCGGCCUGGCCGGCAUGCUCGGCCUGUCGGAGUCGCAAGUGCGGGUGAUCGCGCCGUUCAUUGGCGGCGGCUUCGGCCCCAAGAUCAUGAUGUUCUACCCUGAGGAGGUGCUGAUCCCCUGGAUCUCGAUGCGCCUCGGCCGGCCGGUCAAGUGGCUCGAAGACCGCCAGGAGAACUUCUUCGCCACCACCCACGAGCGCGGCCAAGUGCACGACGCCGAGAUGGCGCUCGACGCCGAUGGCCGGAUCCUCGGCAUCCGCGACCACUUUCUCCACGACACCGGCGCCUACGACCCCUACGGCCUGACGGUGCCCAUCAACAGCCAGUGCACCCUGCUCGGCCCCUACGCCGUGCCGCACUACGAGAGCGAGUUCCGCGCCGUCUUCACCAACAAGCCGAUCGUCACCCCCUAUCGUGGCGCUGGUCGCCAGCACGGUGUGUUCGUGAUGGAGCGCUUGCUCGAUCUGGCGGCUGAAAAGCUAGGAAUCGACCGGGUCGAGAUCCGGCGUCGCAACUACAUCCCCAAGGAUCAGUUCCCGCACCACCACCAGAUCAUCUACCAAGACUUCACCGAGCUGGUCUACGACAGCGGCGACUACCAGCCGGCGCUGGAGCGCGCUGCCGAAAUGAUCGGCUUCGAGGGCUUCGCCGAGCGCCAACGCCAGGCCCGGGCCGCCGGCCGGUACCUCGGCCUGGGCAUCGUCUCUUACGUCGAGGGCACCGGCAUCGGCCCCUACGAGGGCGCCCGCAUCACCGUCGAAUCGAGCGGCCAGGUAUCGGUGGCCACCGGCAUCGGCACCCAGGGCCAGGGGCACUACACCAGCUUCGCCCAGAUCGUCGCCGACCAGCUCGGCGUCAAGCCCACCGACGUGCGCUUGGUGACCGGCGACACCGCCGAGUUCUACUGGGGUGCUGGCACCUUCGCCAGCCGCGGCGCAGUAGUCGCCGGCAACGCCAUCCACGCCACCGCGGUGGAGGUGCGGCGCAAGAUCUUGAAACUCGCCGCCGAGGAGCUCGAAGCGGCUGAAGAGGACAUCGAGCUGGCGAACGGCGAAGUGCGGGUCAAGGGCGCACCGACCAGCGCCAUCCCCCUCGGCGAGCUCGCCCGCCGCGCCAACCCGCUGCGCGGCGCGGUCAAACCCGGCACCGAGCCCGGCCUCGAAGCCACCGACUACUUCGGCCCCCAACGCGGCGCCACCGCCAGCGGCGUCCACGCCCUGGUGCUCGAAGUCGACCCCGAGACCUUCGAUGUCGAGAUCGAGCGCUACGUCGUGGUCCACGACUGCGGCCGGGUGAUCAACCCGAUGAUCCUCGACGGCCAGAUCCACGGCGGCGUCGCCCAAGGCAUCGGCAACGCCUUCUACGAGCAGCUGGUCUACAGCGACCAAGGGCAGCUGCUCAACGCCUCGUUCAUGGACUACCUCUUGCCCACCGCCACCGACGUGCCGCCGAUUGAAGGCGACCACAUCGAGACCCCUUCGCCACUCAAUCCGCUGGGCGUGAAAGGAGCCGGCGAGGCCGGUGCCAUCCCGGUGGCGGCAGCCUUCGCCCAGGCCGUCGAACACGCCCUGGGGCUCGAAGGCUUCGAGAUUCUAGAGAUCCCGCUCUCGCCGGGUCGGUUGUUCGAGCUGGUCGAGGCCCAUCGCGCCAAGCAGGCGGGAGGUGAGCGAUGA